CUCCGCCCCGAGGCCCCGCCCCGUGACGCGAGGCCCCGCCCCCGCAGCGCCCGCUUCCAAGAUGGCGACAGCGAUUCCUGCCCGGCUGUUGGGGUGGCGGUGACGACAGGCAGCAAAAGACCAGCUGGUCCCAGAUUCGCUGCUUGAGUGCUGGAUGGAGCCUUUCUCUGCCCUCUGUGACAUUUCCAAUUUUAGAUAAUGCCUCACAUCUCUGUCCCCCCGGGACCACCUGGAGCCCCCAUGAUCCCUAAGAAGACAGCUUGAACCUACGUGAGUCUAUCUCUUCCCCUCUAAAAUUGGAAGAGGGGUCUCUAGAGACUUUUCUGAAAUGAACAUGGGAUUUGAAUGAUGUAAACAUUUUUGGGGGUGAGGACUGACAGUAGAUGGUGGGAGUGGUUUCCGGGGAGGUAGAGGAGAGUGAAACUUGGGCUGAAGUGACAGGUGGUAGGGUUACUGGUGGUUACAUUCUAUUUUGUUUCCUUGCGUGACUGUGCACCUGUGUGCUCCCUUCUGUGACUUUGUUUUCUGCCUCUUUUUCCUCUUUACUCCUGGCACCACCUUCAACCCUACCUACUGACCUCUCUGCUGGCUUGCUCUCUUCCUGUCUAGCCCUAGAAUUCCCCUCUCCCUCCCUAGAUCUCACCCCCAGGAUGUUGCGGAGGCUGCUGGAGCGGCCUUGCACGCUGGCCCUGCUUGUGGGCUCCCAGCUGGCUGUCAUGAUGUACCUGUCACUGGGGGGCUUCCGAAGUCUCAGUGCCCUAUUUGGCCGAGAUCAGGGGCCGACAUUUGACUAUUCUCACCCUCGUGAUGUCUACAGUAACCUCAGUCACCUGCCUGGGGCCCCAGGGGGUCCUCCAGCUCCUCAAGGUCUGCCCUACUGUCCAGAACGAUCUCCUCUCUUAGUGGGUCCUGUGUCGGUGUCCUUUAGCCCGGUGCCAUCACUGGCAGAGAUUGUGGAGCGGAAUCCCCGGGUAGAACCAGGGGGCCGGUACCGCCCUGCAGGUUGUGAGCCCCGCUCCCGAACAGCCAUCAUUGUGCCUCAUCGUGCCCGGGAGCACCACCUGCGCCUGUUGCUCUACCACCUGCACCCCUUCUUGCAGCGCCAGCAGCUUGCUUAUGGCAUCUAUGUCAUCCACCAGGCUGGAAAUGGAACAUUUAACAGGGCAAAACUGCUCAAUGUUGGGGUGCGAGAGGCCCUGCGUGAUGAAGAGUGGGACUGCCUGUUCUUGCAUGAUGUGGACCUCUUGCCAGAAAAUGACCACAAUCUGUAUGUGUGUGACCCCCGGGGACCCCGCCAUGUUGCUGUUGCUAUGAACAAGUUUGGAUACAGCCUCCCAUACCCCCAGUACUUCGGAGGAGUCUCGGCGCUUACUCCUGACCAGUACCUGAAGAUGAAUGGCUUCCCCAAUGAAUACUGGGGCUGGGGUGGUGAGGAUGAUGACAUUGCUACCAGGGUGCGCCUGGCUGGGAUGAAGAUCUCUCGGCCCCCCACAUCUGUGGGACACUAUAAGAUGGUGAAGCACCGAGGAGAUAAGGGCAACGAGGAAAAUCCCCACAGAUUUGACCUCCUGGUCCGUACCCAGAAUUCCUGGACGCAAGAUGGGAUGAACUCACUGACAUACCAAUUGCUGGCUCGAGAGCUGGGGCCUCUUUAUACCAACAUCACAGCAGACAUUGGGACUGACCCUCGGGGUCCUCGGGCUCCUUCUGGGCCCCGUUACCCACCUGGUUCCUCCCAAGCCUUCCGUCAAGAGAUGCUGCAACGCCGGCCCCCAUCCAGGCCUGGGCCUCCACCUACUGCCAACCACACAGCCCUCCGAGGUUCACACUGACUCCUUCCUGCCUACUUUAAUCAUGAAACCGAAUUCAUGGGGUUGUAUUCUCCCCACCCUUAGCUCCUCACUGUUCUCAGAGGGAUGUGGGGGAACUGAACUCUGGUGCCGUGCUAGGGGGUAGGGGCCUCUCCUCACUGCUGGACUGGAGCUGGGCUCCCGUAGACCUGAGGGGUCCCUCUCUCUAGGGUCUCCUGUAGGGCUUAUGACUGUGAAUCCUUGAUGUCAUGAUUUUAUGUGACGAUUCCUGGGAGUCCCUGCCGCUAGGGUAGGAGCAGGGCUGGACCCCAAGCCCCUUCCUCUUCCAUAGAGAGAAGAGUGAUCUGGCUUCUCCUGGGACCUCUGUGAAUAUUUAUUCUAUUUAUGGUUCCCGGGAAGUUGUUUGGUGAAGGAAGCCCCUCCCUAGGCAUUUUCUGCCCAUGCUGGAAUAGCUCCCCCUUCUGGUCCCGGCUCAGGGGGCUGGGAUUUUGAUAUAUUUUCUAAUAAAGGACUUUGUCUUGCA